CAGCAGCUAGCUAGCUGAGUCAACGAAAGGAAACCACCUGAGCAGUUCAGUCGUCGUCUUCCUCCUCCUAACCUCCAGCUAUAAAACCAGCUCGCCCCAGAUCAAUCUGAUCAUAGCAAAACUAGCAAGCAAGCAAGUGAGCAACAACGAACACGUACAUACAUACGAUUGAGAGGAGGAUCAAUUGGAGUAGUAAGUGAUGGGUUUGAGCUGCUUGGGUGCUGGGAUGAUGGGGAAGAAGAAGGUGUCGCCGGCGAAGCAGCAGCAGCAGCAACCUGUAGAUCAGAAUCAGCAGCAGAAGAAUCUGUACUGCUCGAAGUCGAAGGAUGCAGAUGCUGCUGAAGUUGGUGAGAAGGAGAAGAAGAUUGGAGGAGGAUCAGAUGGUGAUCAUCAUGCUGGUGUGGAGAAGGUCGAGAUGAGGAAGAAGAAGAGUGGAUCAUCAUCAUCAUCAGCUCCAAUCUUGAUGUACCAGUUCCCCUUCCACUCCCGCCCUGGCUUGCUCUGAAUUAUUGGUUCAGAUGAAUUCAGUGCAUAGAAAUUCGGUUUUAAUUUGAUUUUAGGAACUUCUUGUUGAUUCAGGCCUUUUCUUUGGCCGUUUCUUUGUUUGUUCUUCUCUCUUUCUUUUUAGCUGUGUAAUCACAAACAACACACAUUGCAAGCUUAUAAAUUAAGUCUUGAGGUAUUUUGCGAACGAA